GGAGGCGCGUGCCAGACUACAGCUAUUGCGACAUCCUUGUUCCUUGGCGCGACAGUACCGGCGUUUUGAUCCGCAUAUUCCAAUUUUCGAAGACACAUUUUGUGAAGUUUGAAACAACUGAUCUUCAUCAUGCCUAAGAAGAGAGCUCCCCAAGGCAAAAGACGAGGAAGUGCUGCACAAAACGACAAACCUGCGACAAAUGGCAAAGCAGAGAAUGGAACAGCUAAAGUUACUGGUUUGAUAGAUGAGAUGGACUCACUGGACUUAGCGACUGACGCUCGUGCCUGCACCGGUGUCCUCUCCUCACAUCCUAGCAGUCGAGACAUCAAGAUCGACAACUACUCCUUAACGUUUCAUGGUGCUGAGCUCUUCUCAGAUACCAAUGUGGAGUUGACGUGUGGAAAACGCUAUGGUUUGAUUGGUCCUAAUGGUUGUGGUAAAUCCUCAUUUCUAUCAUCAUUGGGUCAACGAGAAGUUCCAAUUCCAGACCACGUUGAUAUAUUUCACUUAAAGAGAGAGAUUGCAGCAUCGGAUAAGACUGCCUUGGAGUGCGUUAUGGAAGUAGAUGAGAUGAGAGUACGUCUGGAGAGAGAAGCCGAAGAAUUGUCCGCAAUGGAAGGACAAGAGGCUGAAGAUACUCUGAUGGAGAUUUAUGAACGUCUCGACGAGCUCGACUCGGACCAAGUAGAAGUCAAAGCCGCCCGUAUCCUCCACGGUUUGGGCUUCACAAGCUCCAUGAUGCAAACCAAAACCAGGGACUUCUCCGGAGGUUGGCGCAUGCGUAUUUCGCUGGCGAGGGCGCUGUUCGUCAAACCCCAUCUCCUGCUUCUAGACGAGCCGACAAAUCAUCUCGAUCUUGAAGCGUGUGUAUGGUUAGAAGAAGAGUUGAAAAACUACGAGAGAGUUUUAAUUCUUAUAUCCCACUCUCAGGACUUUCUCAACGGUGUGUGUACAAAUAUCAUCCAUAUGCAUCUAGGUAAACUCAACUACUACAGUGGUAAUUACGACUCAUUCGUCAAAACCAGAACUGAGUUGGAGGAAAAUCAGAUGAAGAAAUACAAAUGGGAACAGGACCAGAUCCAACACAUGAAGGACUAUAUAGCGAGGUUUGGUCACGGUAGCGCUAAGCUCGCCAGACAAGCUCAAAGUAAAGAGAAAACACUAAGCAAGAUGGUGGCUGCAGGACUGACUGAGAAAGUGGAAGAUGACAAGACGGUGUCUUUCUACUUUCCAUCUUGCAACAAGAUUCCACCUCCAGUAAUCAUGGUUCAGAAUGUCUCCUUCAAAUAUGCUGAUGAUAAGCCUCAUAUAUACAAGAAUCUUGAGUUCGGUCUGGACUUGGACAGUAGGAUAGCUCUCGUUGGACCCAACGGUGCCGGCAAAUCCACUUUACUCAAGCUCAUUGCUGGAGAACUCGUAGCCACUGACGGACUUAUACGAAAGAAUACUCAUUUACGUAUAGGCAGAUAUCACCAGCAUCUUCAAGAUCUUCUCGAUUUGGAUCUUAGUGCCUUAGAUUGGAUGAUGAAGAACUUCCCUGAUAUUAAAGAUAUUGAAGCCAUGAGAAGGAUUAUAGGACGUUAUGGUCUUUCUGGAAAACAACAGAUUUGCAAAAUCGGCAAUCUCUCCGAUGGUCAACGUUGUCGUUGCAUCUUCGCUUGGUUGGCCUCACAGAAUCCACACAUGCUGUUACUUGACGAACCUACAAACCAUCUUGAUAUAGAAACUAUCGAUGCACUUGCCAGCGCCAUCAAUGAAUUCGAGGGAGGCUUGGUCUUAGUUAGCCACGACUUUAGAUUAAUCAAUCAAGUUGCUGAAGAGAUUUGGGUGUGUGAGAAACAGACUGUCACGAAGUGGACUGGAGACAUCUCGUCUUACAAGCAAACUCUAAAGAAACUCAUUCUGAAAGACGAUGUCAAAACUGUUAAGGCUCAAAAAGGACCCAAACCUGGAGCAACUAAAAAUGGAAAGACUACAAAUGGAAAGACAAAUGGAGUGAUCAAAAACGGCGUCACCAAGAAUGGAAAAAAGUAGGAUCUAUUCGGGCAAAAUAAGUAUCAAAGUGUGUUGUUGUGAAAUGAUAAUCCAAAACAUUAGUCGCGACAACUUGGUUUGCUUGUCCACAAAAAAACCCAGCUAAAACAGAAAUGAAGCGCAUUGCAUUUCAUUCUGCACAGUAUUAUAAACUUAUUACGUAACUGGGAAGAGGUUUGUUUAAAAACCUUUCUAAAAACACUCUUGUGUUGAAUUUUGAUUGAAUAAUUUUCCCUUGAUAAGCUGGAAAUAAUCUAUGGAGCUCUUUUAUCACGACACAGUCUUUAGGUUUUCCUUUAGAACAGUGUCAUCAAACUCAGGUUUGAUUGGUAAAUAGUCUGGUUCCCUAUUGGUGAGCUGACUUUUGCCAUUAUUUAUUACUUAUCGGAUGGAGGGAUAUUGACCAAGAUAAUGGUUGUAACUGAAAUGAGUUAACUUAACCCUAAAACUAGUGACAAGCUGUUUUUACUUUCCCGACUAUGGGCUGGCUACCUCAGACUCCUUGCACAAUGCAGAGCGUACCUCCACACAACGCAUGUCUACUACAUGUAUUUUGUCUAUUUUGAGAGUCAAAUCCUCUGUACAUUUUGAAACCCAGAAUGGCGGACAGGUUGGCGCGUGUAAAGGCCAAGUUAUAGUCGGUCGCGCGAUGGUCGGGAGUCGGUAAUCUUGGCGCGCGAUCAUAAAAAGACAUGGUUUUU